GGGGCCUCGCGUUCGAACGGCGGCGGCGCCGGGCGGGAACAUGGCGGGGCCGCGGGCUCUGCUCCGGCAAUGCCCGCUGCUGCUGCCGCAGGACCGCCACGGCACCGCCUACGAGGGCUUUGUCACGGCCCAGGGUAGAAACUUCCACAUCAGGGUACUGCUGCCAGUGGAUUUGCAGUUGAAAAAUGCCAGGAUAGAGUGCAGCUGGCGGCUGAGGAGGAUCCUGCACGGCUACCGGCACAUUUUGAAGCAGAGGCUGCACAGCUGCCCAGACCUUGUCAGCUUUAUGGUGGAGCUGAAAACUGUUUUGGAAAUUGCUUUAAAGAACACACAAGACCUGCACAUCUCAAGGCCUCCAGAAUACUACUCCUGCCUUGUCAGAGAUCUAGAAAUACUGGGCUGGAAUAGAGUGGCCUAUGUGGACACUGGGCUGAGCACAGUCAAGUUAAAAGCUGAAGACUCUUGUGGUCGGCAGCAUCUCAUCACUCUCAAGUUAAAUGCAAAGUAUCCCACAGAACCACCAGAUUGCCUUGUGGAUUUUCCUGUUCCCUUUGCUGUUUCCUGGAUGCCACAGAACUCCUUAAUAGACAUUUACAACCAGUUCCUGGCAGCACUGGAGUCGCUGAAGGAAUUCUGGGAUGCCCUGGAUGAAAUCGAUGGCAGGACGUGGGUGCUUGAGCCAGAAAAUCCCACCCGGAGCGCCACAAGCAGGAGAAUUGCAAUAGGGAACAAUGUCUCAGUGAACAUAGAGGUUGAUCCUCGCCAUCCAAACAUGCUUCCAGAGUGUUAUUUCCUUGGGGCAGAUCAUGAAGUGAACCCCCUGAGAACCAAACUCAACACCAACAUGCACUUGUGGGACCCAGAAGUCAGUUUGUUACAGAACUUGAGAGAGCUCCUAGGAAUUGAUUUUCCCUCCCGUGGUGUGCUGGAAAAAAGCGACUUUGCCAAGGACUGUGGGAUCUGCUACGCCUACCGGCUGGAGGGCAGCGCGCCCGACCACGUGUGUGACGAUCCCCGCUGCGGGCAGCCCUUCCACCAGGCCUGUCUCUAUGAGUGGCUACAAGGCCUUCCUACCAGCAGACAGAGCUUUAAUGUCAUCUUUGGUGAAUGUCCCUAUUGUAAUAAGCCCCUGACACUGAAAUCUUCAAUGAAGAAACUCUAAAAGCUGCAUUGUGGGAGCACCACUGCACUCCCACUGAAGACACAGGAACAGCAACAUCAAAGCAGAUACAAGGACAGGACAAUGAGCACCAGAAGCACCAG